CUUCCAGGGAACCUAUCGCACUUUGCUGGUCUGCUAAUUCCCCCUCAACGUGCAAGGUUUCGUAUGCUUCUGCCGACCGGAUGUUCAAGGCGGUAUCUGCCUGGGUGUGUAACUCUCUUCUAGGGCUCGCAGACUUAUGUAUCUGCGUCAGACGAGCACAUGUCUAUGCGCCCGAGACUUGCCCAGGCUCGUCGCUCUUGAGCGCCAGGUGGUCCGUAUAAUAGCCCUUGCAGUCAUCCUGGUCCUUUGCACCACGCCCAUACACCUUACCCACCAGCUCUGCGCAUUACAAGUCAUUAACGCGAGGCCAUGAACGGACACGCGUACCACACGGCACCCCGAGUCGCGAUUGUUACCGGUGCCUCGAAGGGCAUCGGGCAUGACAUCGCGCUGCGGCUCGCCGACGACGGUCUGGACGUCACGAUCAACUCGCGCAACGCCGCUGAGCUCGAGAUGGUUGCGAACGAGAUUCGGGCGAAAGGCCGCAAGGUUGUAGCAUUCGUGGGCGACGUCUCGGAUGAAGAAGUCGUCAAAGGUAUGGUCGACAAGACUGUGGAGGUCCUCGGGAGACUCGACGUCAUGGUCGCGAAUGCAGGCAUAUUUGUUUCGUCUCCGGUCAUCGACAUGGACAUCAAGGACUGGAACCGCUGCAUGAAUUGCAACCUAGCUAGCACGAUGCUCUGCUACAAGUAUGCUGCUCGUCAGAUGAUCGACCAAGGCGAAGGGGGGAGAAUCAUCGGGGCGUCAUCCAUUCUCGGGAAGAAAGGUGCCCCCGAUAGCUCCGCGUACGUUGCGACGAAGUUCGCGAUUCGAGGCCUUACGCAGUGCCUGGCCAUCGAGCUUGCUCCCCACAACAUCACGGUGAACACGUAUGCGCCCGGAGUCAUCUUGACGCCAAUGAGCUGCCAAUAGCUGACAUUGGUGCUCUUGAUCAGCGAUAUGGUGGAGGUCACGGAGCGUACAUCAAGCACAUUUGUGGCAUUGCUCCAGGUGGCCCUCACUCGUCGUCCGGUGAUACCGUCGCCAGUAUGGUGUCAUAUC